GCGGCCUUCAGUGACGUAUUAAACACGAGCCGAGCGGCCGUGACGGAGAACCGGCGGCGACAUGUUGGCGGCUUUUACCCGUGUGUGUGGCCGGGGCCUGGCGCUCGCCACCCGGCAACUGCGGCCUUAUAGCGGGGCGGGAGAUCGGAAGAAAUUUUAUAAGAACGUUUCCAUCUCUCAAGGGGAAGGAGGAUUGUUUGAGAUAAAUCUUGACCACCGUAAACUGAAGACGCCGCAGGGGAAGUUAUUCACCAUCCCGAGUGAGGCGCUGGCAGUGGCUGUUGCCACUGAGUGGGAUUCCCAGAGAAACACUUUACAGUUUUUUGCAAUGCACCUGACAACUUUAUGCAACACAGCUUUGGAUAACCCUACCCAGAAGACAAGAGAGCAGUUGAUAAGAUCAGCUCUGAAAUUCUUGGACACAGACACAGUAUGUUACAGAAUAGAAGAACCUCCUGGUUUGGUGGAGCUACAGAAAAACGAAUGGGAUCCAGUCAUUGAGUGGAUAGAAAACAGAUAUGAUGUUGUGAUCGGCACCUCCACAGAUAUCCUGGGUCCAAACAUCACUGAGGAGACCAAACACACCUUUCAUCAACAUCUCUCAUCUUACAAUCUCUGGGCGUUAAUAGGUCUGGAAUAUGUUAUCCAUCAACUGAAGUCGGUUGUUCUUUCAUUAAACCUGAUUGACAGAAACUUGAAUGUAGAGAAGGCUGUACUACUUUCUCGACUGGAGGAACAAUAUCAGAUUGAGCGUUGGGGCAGUGUUGAAUGGGCGCACGAUUACGACCUGCAUGAACUUUGUGCCCGAGCCUCAGCAGGAACAUUGUUCGUUCAUUUGUGUUCUGAAAGCUCCACGGUCAAACAGAAGUUCCUGCAGCACUGACGAUGGACUGUGCGCUUGCAGUGUAAUUCUGUGUGUGUGUAUAUAUAUAAUAUAUAUAGUUAGGAUUCAUUAUACAGUUUUCUAAAUUAAAAUUUGCUUUGCCUGUUGAACCUCUUAACUCGGGGACUCCAUUUUUUUCAACAUUUAAAAAGUUACGUUUUGGAAAGGUUCUGCAACUUUUGAGUUGCUUGUUGUAUCUUUAAGCUAAUUUAUGAAAAGGGUAAGUAGCCCUGCUCCUUCUCAACACCGACAUACCAAGGUCCUGGCAGCCAGGCUGGAAAUCGUUUGCUUUGCAGUCUGGUUAUCGCCCCCUCUUGUGUGUCAGCUUGGCU